AUGACCACUCCGGCGACCACCACCACCAUCCUCCUCCUCUUUUUCUCGGCCACCCUUAGCAUCGUGAUGGCGGACAUGUCAAUCAUCGAGUAUGACAACAAACACCCCUCAAAAUCUCGGAGCGACGAAGAAAUGAUGGAUAUUUACAAAACAUGGAUGACAAAACAUGGUAAAGCUUACAAUGGGAUUGAGGAAUCCGAAAAGCGCUUCAAUAUUUUUAAGGAUAAUUUUCUCUUUGUCAAUGCUCAUAACUCGGAGGAACGGACCUACAAGGUUGGAUUGAAUAUGUUUGCCGAUCUAACCGACGAAGAGUACCGAUCAUACUACCUUGGCAUGAAAUAUGAUGCUCGUGACCAUUUUGUUCAGUCAAAGCUGGCCAGCAAAAGGUAUGCUGCCUCCUCCGGUGAAAAUCUUCCGGAGUCGGUUGACUGGAGGAAGGAAGGCGCCGUUGGAUCAAUUAAGAACCAGGGAGAAUGCGGAAGUUGUUGGGCUUUCUCGGCGGUUGCGGCGGUGGAAGGAAUCAACAAGAUAGUGACGGGAGAACUUAUUGAUUUAUCCGAGCAAGAACUUAUCGACUGCGACCGAGCUCUCAACAAGGGCUGCAAAGGCGGACGAAUGGAACGUGCUUUCAAAUUCAUUACUAGCAACGGUGGUAUAGACACCGAGUCAGAUUAUCCUUAUCUCGUCGCGGACGGCGUAUGCAAUACCACUAAAUUGAAUAAGAAGAUGGUGAGCAUAGACAGUUACGAAUUCGUUCCUGCCAACAACGAAUAUGAUUUGAAAAAAGCGGUCGCACAUCAGCCAAUCAGCGUCGCCAUUGAAGCUUAUGGCAGGGAAUUUAGACUUUAUGAGUCGGGUAUUUUCACGGGCAAUUGUGGAACCGCGUUGGACCAUGCGGUGGCGGCGGUGGGGUAUGGAAGUGAGCACGGAGUUGAUUAUUGGAUCGUUAGAAACUCGUGGGGAGAGAAUUGGGGUGAAGAAGGAUAUGUUAGGUUGAAGCGAAACGUCUUUUCAAGAAAGGGUAAAUGCGGUAUAGCUAUGCUCGCUUCUUAUCCCGUCAAGCUUUCUCCCAAUCCUGCUCAAUCAUCAUCCACAAUAUUUUCUUUGUCGGUCCUAUAUCCUUCAUCUCGAACUCACUCCUUAGUUAACUCUUGA